AACUAAUUCAGUUGGCAUUUGAUCGUCAUGCACCUGGCAUUCGGAUUUAUUUUGGGCCUAUGGGCCUUGGCAAGUAGUGCCCAGAAUGCGGAUCACGAUGCCAUCGACAGGUCGCUGAAGAGCUUGAAGACGAUUGUAUCGCGGUAUAUGAGCGAGAUGGAUUCGAAAGUGAGACUGACCGAGUUGCAGGCCGCGAUCGAGACCAUUGACAGGUCGAUGAUCGGUUACCGGGGCAGGGCCAAGCACCGGCUGGAUGGAGUCCGCAGCCUCUCCAGCAGCGCCGGUCUCUCCUACCAGAGAUGCGUGAAUCCCAUCUUCGAGUGGUGCGUCUCCGUCAACAGCACCCUCGACUUAUUCCUGCCCAACGUCGAGAGUACCCAGCUGUCGCCGGCGGAAAGUGAGCUCCUGUGGAACAUAAUGGCGACAAGCAUUCGAGAUGGCGUGAAGAAGGCUCUCGACUCCUUGAAUUCCCUCCAUCAGCUGGAGCUUAAGACCAAUCAGCUGAAGAUCGAACUGGACAGAAUGAUGGCCGAUCUUAAUUCGGAUUUUGGGGCAAAUUGUGAGUAUACCAGGCGGGAGGGGAAGCUCCGGAGCGAUAUCACGGAAAUUAGGGCGGGAAGCCGGCGAUACCGCGGACAGGAGGAUCGAGGAGUCGGGGCGGCUAUCAGUCGAUUGUACCAGGCCAUUCUUGCCUUCCUGAGGAGCCUGUCGGUCGGGGAUAUCGUGGAGGCCUUUUCCCCCACCGAGUACUGUGCAGAGAUCGACGAUCGCCGGAUAGCCUCCAAGGAGGAGGAAAUCCGGAUGAUCCACAAGUUCUUCGAGGUCCUUAGCCAAAGAAUCGCAUAUGCCAGCUCCGUCGCCGAGGAAGUCGACGCUGGUUUGGGGGCUGAAAAACCGAAUCUGGAAGCAGUCACUCCACCCAAUAAGGACAUGGUCGCUUUGCUGGGAAAUCCCGAACUGCGCUCGGGUCUCCCACAAAUCUUCAAAGAAUUGGGAAACCUAUGUUUCGAGUACACCGUCCGGCGGGAAACUCCACGUGCUCCUCCGGGAAGGACGCCUUUGCCCCAUGACACUGAUAGAGGACGUCCCGGCAAUUCAUGGACUCCACCAAAAUAUAACUACCCGCCAUAUUAGUGGCAGAGGUCUGUUUGUUUUUGAUUGUUUAAAUAUGCAUUUUUUUAAAUAAAUAAAACUGAGUGACUGCA